CUCACUCGAAUUUUUGUUUUGCUCCUUAGGUAACUCUUACAUGAACUUGAACAGUGUCUUGAUGUUAACUGGAACCAACUAUAGAGCUUGGCUAGACUCUGUGGAAAAUUAUAUGGGAAUGCAUGAGAACAUAGACUACUGCUUUACUGAGAAUAAGCCUGAAGAGUUAAAUGAAAAGAGCACCAAGAAAGAUACUGACCUUUACAAGAAGUGGCAUAGAUCCAAUAGAAUGGCUAAGAACCUCAUCAGAACAUCUAUGUCUAAGACUGUCAGGGGAAGUAUACAAGAGCCUGAGCUAGCAUCAGAUUUUCUGGAACUCAUAGGUGCUAAGUUUAAAGAAAGUGAAAAAGCAGAAGCAGCUAGGCUGACUAAGGAGUUUCAUGAUUUGAAGUACAUGGGUUCAGGGGGAGUUAGAGAGCAUAUUAUGAAGAUGAUCAAUAUAAAUGGCAGACUCAGGGAACUCUUAAUGGGGGUUAGGGAUGAGCAAGUAGUGCAUUAUGCACUACAUUCCUUGCCUAACAGUUUUAGUCAUCUUAGGACUAGUUACAACUCUCAAAAGGGAAACUGGACUCUAGAUGAACUUAUAUCCAUCUGUGUGGAUGAGGAAUCUAGGAUCAAGGAAGAAAAGGAACCUGCUACAACCAUUAACCUCAUUGAGAAGCCUAAAAGGAAAAAGCCUACAUUAUGCACUACAUUCCUUGCCUAACAGUUUUAGUCAUCUUAGGACCAGUUACAACUCUCAAAAGGGAAACUGGACUCUAGAUGAACUUAUAUCCAUCUGUGUGGAUGAGGAAUCUAGGAUCAAGGAAGAAAAGGAACCUGCUACAACCAUUAACCUCAUUGAGAAGCCUAAAAGGAAAAAGCCCCAGAACAAGCUCAAGCCUACCAAAGCCAUAACUAAGAGUUCAACAGCUGCAGUGGCCAAGGAAAACAGGCCAUUCAGGUUCAAGUGCUACUUUUGCAAAAGAGUAGGACACAUGAAAAAGGACUGCACUGGCUAUAAGAAUUGGUUAGCCAAAAAGGGGAUUCAUAAGGAGGAGAAUCCCAAAAAGUGAUGAAGUGAACCUGUGUGUAGGCAACGGCAUGAGAGUGGCAGUCAAGGCUAUUGGAACCUUAAAGCUCGAUUUAGGAUUAGGAAAAUUAUUAGUUCUGGACAAUGUUUUUUAUGUACCUUCCAUGAGAAGGAAUUUGGUUUCAGUUUCUCUUUUAGUAAAAUCUGGUUGUAGACUUGUUAUGGAUAGUAAUGGAAUUCUUAUUUCUAAAAAUUCUGUUCAAAUUGGUUCUGGUGUUAUUAUGAAUGAUUAUUUACAGUUAAAUUGUUCAAUGGCUCAACAAGAAAUUUUACUUGUUGAAAAUAACACCAACAGUACUAGCACUUUAACAGGUGUUAAAAGAACCAAACUAAAUGAAAAGUCUGCAUUUUUAUGGCAUAGAAGACUCGGCCAUGUUUCAAAAGAGAGACUGAAAAUUUUGGUGAAAAACAACAUCCUAAAUGAACUUGAUUUUUCUGAUCUAACAGAUUGUGUUGAAUGCUUUAAGGGAAAAAUAACUAAUACUAGAAAGAAGACUGCAUAUAGAAGCCAAAAUUUAUUAGAACUCAUACACACUGAUAUAUGUGGACCAUUUAGGCAUCAAACUAUCUGUGGGAAUGUGUAUUUUAUCACAUUCAUUGAUGAUUUUUCUAGAUACAGUUAUGUUUAUCUACUUUCAGAAAAGGCACAAGCAUUGAAAGCUUUUCAAAUCUUUAAGUCUGAGGUAGAAAAUCAACUAGAAAAGAAAAUCAAAACAGUAAGAUCAGAUAG